UCUCUCUCUCUACGCAUUCUCUUUACUAUUAACUUCUCUCUGACUUCUACUAAGAAAGGUUCUUAAUAGAAAGUUUCGUUUUCUGUUUUACUUAAAUAAAAAAUAGAAGUGAUUACUUUCUCUUUCUAAUCUGUGUCGAUGCGAUUCCCUCUUUACCCAUUCUCCAAAUAUAUGGUAAGAAAAUUAUUUACAGUUCUAUUAUACUAUUGAUAAAAAUCUUAUUUACCGAUAUAAAAAAAAUAAUAUGGUAUCGGCAGGCAAUUAAACUAUGCUUGUUUUCGUGUUUAUUUUAUGUCUCAUAGUCAGUGUUGUUCUUUUGUGUCAUGACUAUCAAUUAUUAUAUGUUAAUUCGUAUCAAAUGUUAAUGCAAUUAAUGAGAAAUUAUUGAGAUAAACUAAAAAGAACAACGAGCCAUAUACAUCUCCCAAAAUGCAAAUUAGGCUGAACAGAACAUAAUCAGGAAUAUACAAGUUAUUAUAUGAGUAAAGAUAUACAUAUAAUACAUUUUCACAAUAUAUUUUACAACAAUAAUGUAAGAUGAAGGUAUUUUGUAAAAUGAUGUUAUUUUUAUAAGGUGUUUUAUACAAAUACUUUUUAUUUAAAAUAUAAUUAUGUAAAGUAUUGUGACAAAUAUUGCGUGAAAAUAUUUUCCUUAUUUAUAUAUUCAUAAAGAAUAUGAAAACUAGAAGUCUAGAAAACAUUUUACAAAACGGGUGGAUAAGACAUUUUCGGUGAAAAAAAUUCAAUAAAGAUGGUUCUUACUUUUAGACUUUUAGUCAAGUAGAAGGGCAUUUACGUCAAUUAACUUAAGAAAAGGUGUACUUCUAAACUUUUUAAACUCAAAAGGAAGGAGAUAAAAGAGAGGAGAGUCAAGACCCUCUACGAACUCCUGAAAGUCUCAAACAGACGCCCCCAAUCCCACCCAAUCACCGACACGAACCAAAGAGAACGAACUUUCCGUCUCAUAUCUAUCUGGUUUCCUCUGGACUCCAGAAUAAUACUAUAUUUAAGCUUUGUAUGAUAGCAUGUUGUUCUACAUAAAGGACUUGUUCCAUUUGGUUUGGCAUAAAAACUUGGCAAGUUAUCCCUUGUAUUUCCAUCACUUUUUUUGUAACUGACAGUUGUUAUCUGAGGAAAGUGAGCUGCAUGCUAUCUGCUUGUACAUUUUCAAUUCACUAUUAGCUUUAUGGCCUUAAGACCUUUGUGUAAAGGAAGAUCCAAACCCAAUGUAUCCAACAUGGAAGAUAUUCGAUUAAAUACUACUUGGGAAGAUGUGUUUUGCCCGAUAUGCUUGGAGUUUCCGCACAAUGGUGUACUUCUUCAAUGCUCAUCUCAUGAGAAAGGAUGCCAUCCUUUUGUGUGUGACACAGACCAUUUGCACUCAAAUUGCUUAGACCGUUUCAAAAGUGCGUAUGGUAUGUCAUCAGCUUCAACAUCAAAUGUAACUCCCACAGAAAACAGUGAGCCAGUGGUAUCUGAAGGCAACUAUAAACCAAGUUGUCCCUUGUGUAGAGGAGAGGUUACUGGGUGGGUGGUUGAUGACAAGGCUCGUCUAUAUCUAGAUGAGAAGAGACGUUAUUGUGAGGAGGAACAAUGUAAAUUUAUGGGGACGUAUUUAGAACUGCAAAACCAUGCUCGGCUGGAGCACCCGCAUGCUUGUCCAUCAAAGAUUGAUCCUGCUAGGCAGAUUGAUUGGGAGAAUUUCCAGCAGUCCUCUGAGAUCAUAGAUGUUUUGAGCACUAUUCAUUCCGAAGUCCCACGUGGUGUGGUUUUGGGAGACUAUGUAAUUGAAUAUGGGGAUGAUGAAACUGUAGAUGAAUUUGAGGACUUCCCCGGGGAUGAGGGGAAUUGGUGGACCUCUUGUAUCCUUUAUCAGGUGUUUGAUAACUUCCGGAGUUCUAGAAACAGAAGAAGGUCAAGAGGUCAUACAAGAAGUGGACAUCACCGUACAAGUUAUGAUAGUUCUAUUUCUGAUGGGGGUUCUGUAACGUCUGUAGAAUAUUCUGAUUAUAGGAUAGAUGAGACUGAUGAUGAUUUUGUGAAUACAAAUGCCCCAAGGGAUAGCUCCCAUCGUCGCAGUUCUCAAAGACGCAGUUCCCGCUUCUAUGACAAUUAGUGCUUGCUUAGAUGUAUAGUGAAAAACAGAGGAAGUAGAAAACACUGUAUGCUUGCUUCAGAUCACCUUAAUGUUAUAACAUGCAAAAGCUCAUCUGGAUCUCAUCUUGCAACAUUUGUGAUGAGAUGUAGUGAUUAUACAUGAACUAACCUGACAAUCCAUCUGGUCAUGUUAUGACUGCUUCGGUAAA